AUGGCCUCACACCCUCCUGCCCGCCCCCGCCGCCUCCUGCCGCUCUCCCUGGGGCUCUUCCAGGGUGCCCUGCUCCUCUUCUUCGCCCUCUUCAUCACCUAUGAGGAGCCCUCGGCGCGGGUGGAGGAUGCCAGCCUGGUGGCCAAGCAGCUCUACGGCACCUUCCCCCUCCUCCAGGACAUCCAGGUGAUGCUGGUGGUGGGGCUGGGGCUCCUGCUGACCUUCCUGCCCCGCUACGGGCUCAGUGUCCUCACCCACAACUUCCUUCUGCUCAACUUCUGCACGCAGUGGGCUCUGGUGCUGCAGGCCUUGCUCCACCACCUCCACCGUGGCCAGGUCCACCUGGACCUGCACAGCCUCCUCCUGGCCGAGUUUGCUGCCGUGACGGUGCUCAUCUCCGUGGGGGCCGUGCUGGGCAGGACCAGCCUCUGCCAGCUGCUCCUCGUGGGUGCCUGGGAGGUGCCCAUCUACCUUGCCAGCGAGUGGGUCAUCAGCACCCAUCUGGGGGUCCUGGACGUGGGGGGCACCAUCACCAUCCACGUCUUCUCCUGCUACUUUGGCCUGGGAGUGUCCAAGGCUCUGUUCGGGGCGGGGCGGCGCCCACUGCACCCCAAGGAGACCCCAACCCCCGGCUCAGACCUCACCUCCCUGCUGGGGGCUCUCAUCCUCUGGGUCUUCUGGCCCAGCUUCGUGGCCGUCCUGUGCCAGCCAGGAGACGCCCAGCGCCGUGCCAUCCUGAACACCAUCCUGGCCCUGAGUGCCAGCGCCGUGACCGCGGUGGUGGCCUCCAGCCUGCUGGAGGAGGGCAGGCUGAGGCCUGGCCACCUGCAGAACGGCAGCCUGGCCGCCGGGGUGGCCGUCGGCGCUGUGGCCGACAUGCCCGUGCCACCCGUGGCCGCCCUGGCCCUGGGCAGCCUCGCGGCCGCGGUCUGUGUCCCGGGCUUCAGGUUCCUCAGCCCACUCCUGAGGAGGAAGCUCGCGCUGCAGGACCACUGCGGCAUCCACAGCCUGCACGGCUUGCCUGGCAUCCUCGGCGCCGUGGCCAGCGCCGUGGUCAUCCUGGCGGCACCCGAGGACACCUCCAGCUCCCCCUUCUCUCAGGGGUCCCCUGCUGGGGCCAAUGCCAGCGAGGGGACAGUGGGGCAGUGGGGUGAGCGUGGGGCAGGCGGGCAGGCGUUGUGCCAAGCAGCAGGGCUGGCAGUGGCCGUCGGUGGCUCGCUGCUCGCUGGGCUGCUGACCGGGCCCUGCCUGGCACAGCCACCUGAGCAGCACUGCUUCGAGGAUUCACUGAAUUUUGGCAUCCAGGGUCAGGCUGAGAGCCUGGAGCCAGCUGGCCCCGUGGAGGAAGGAGCCCUGGCUCUGAAGGAGAGAGUUUAG